GUACUCCUCUCGAAGGAACCAAUUUUGUAAACAAAAUUUCAGCGCAUUUCUUAUUCCUGAAAUUUCCUGUUUUUUCCCCGAUAAUUUAACGAUUUUUCCAUUUAAUACUUGUUAGAAAUCACAUUUUACUCAUAUUUCCUAAUAUUUACCACUGAAAACCAGUAUAAAACUCGAAAUUGCUAAUUUUUAAUCUAUUUCGUAAAAAAAUUAGUUUUCCCCCGAAAACAUGUCUAGAGACGUGAGUUUAUCACCGAAAUCUGGUGAUAUUCGGUUUAACGGCACGGAGCCGCCCGUCAAAGUGGAAGUUGUGGAUGAAGAGCAGAGUUCUCUCAACAAUCAAUUGGGAUUUUCGACGACACUAUCGACGUCUUUUGUGCUUUCCGAAGAUCUCUCGGAGUCCAUCGAUGAUCUGACAGUUACUAGCAAGGACAAAAAGAAAUUGCGGCCUAGUAAAGUGGCAGAGGACAUUGGUCGCAAACGAAAGGAUACUACAAACUCCAUAACUAAUUUCUUCCAUCGAUUCACGCGCGGAGACCGUGAGGAGAAGAAAAUAGUUGAAGAGGAGGAAGAAGAGCACGUGGAGCGUCCCGAGAAGCUUAUAAGCCCGGAAUCCGAGGAAAAAUGGUUUGAAUCGAGAACUCUGGACGAGAAAGUGCUCGGACACGAAGGAGACGCAGAUAUGUACGAAUGGGAUCCAAAUACAAUGACAGAGACUCUUGUUCGGGAGCCUCCAUCGCCUCUGGAGCCCAGUAGUAUGAUAUUCGAGGAGAAAGGAAUGCUGAAACUACUGGAAGAUUUUCGAAAUGGUGAGCUCCGAUGGCUAGAUGCUCCACAGAUUUCUGCGUUGGGAAAAGUGAAAGAAGCGCAUGAAGAUGUGUCGAAUAUUCAUUUACAAGUUUAUGAAAUUGAGUCGGCUAGGAGGAAAAAGAGAAAACAAGCGAGGAGUGUCAAGGAGAAUUUUGAAUUUUCGGAUUCGGAUGAUUCAGAAGAAGAACGAGAAAUCGAACGAUUAUUCGAAUCGAUGAAUACUCAUAUGAUUGACAUGCAUUCUGCACUCGAUACCGUACCAUUUUACGACGCUUCUCAAAAUCAACGCACUGAAAAAAUCGAUAACGACGAGGAGUAUUUUUCGUCUUGAAUCGAUCAUGUUUCCUGAAUUUUUCACGCAUUUUCUAAUUUGAAAAUUCUAUAAUUUUGACCCAAAUUUCUUCGUUUCCAGCUAAUAUUUGCAUUUUUUUAGGGCAUUUCUCACAGUUUUUCUCGAAAAAUCCCCGUAUUGUCGAUUUUUUUUUCGAAAUUUUUCCGAGCAGGAAAAUAUUGUGAAUUUCACCUGUUUUGAGGCACCACGGAUUCAAGAUCAGCUGGGAUUUUGGAUCUAAAAUUUCCGAAAUUGGCACCGUGCCAACGAAUAAAACGCUAUUUUUCUCGAAGAAAAGCGUGACAACGAUGCUCCGAUGUUACGCGUCGCGUGUUGUUUAGCGUAUUUUCUAUAAGUAAUUUUCAAAAAAACAGCGUUUUAUGCCUGACACGGUGCUUUUUCGGUGAUAUUUGAACUGAAAUACCCUAAAAUUUUCGUGAUUCCCUCUAUUUUCUAGCAAAGUUUUCUCUUUUCCCCAAAUUUUACCCAUUUUUCACUAAUUUCUCGGUAUUUUCCUGUACAAGCUCGAUUUUUACUCAAUUUCUAUAUUUUUCUCGGUUUCUUCUCUAAAUUUUCUCACCAAUCGCCAUUCCCUGUGCAAUUUUCUCUUAUUUUUUCGUAUAUCUUCUCUUACUCGUUUCUUGUCACACAUUUUCACGAUAAAAUGUAAAUAUUUUCAGA